UCUUUUUGGGCGAGGAGCGUUGCUGCCAGUAGAAUUGGGCAGUCGAAGCUGACGGAUUGGAGCGUUGCUGUCACUAGAAGCAGGUCUCAGGUGAUUUUGCAACCAUGAAGGUGAUUUUGUCAUCUCAGACUAUGGACAUCCCGAAGGAUGUCAAGUUUGAGAUAAAGGCGAAGCAGAUUCGCGUAAAAGGUCCGCGCGGAGUUCUGACCAGAGAUUUCAAGCAUCUGAAUCUGGACUUUCAGAUGAUUCAGGAUGGCGAGGACAAGAAGCUGAAAGUUGAUGCUUGGUUUGGGUCCAGGAAGACCACUGCCGCCAUCCGAACGGCCGUUUCGCACAUCAACAAUCUUAUUACCGGUGUGACGAAGGGUUAUAGAUACAAGAUGAGAUUUGUGUACGCCCAUUUUCCCAUCAACGCAAGUAUCUCCAACGAGAAGGACAGCAUUGAGAUCCGAAACUUUUUGGGAGAGAAGAAGGUCAGGAGAGUCGAGAUGUUGGAUGAUGUCACCGUCACGAGGUCUGAGAAGGUCAAGGACGAGCUUGUCCUUGAAGGAAAUGAUAUCGAGCUGGUUUCUCGCUCCUGCGCUCUUAUCAACCAGAAAUGUCACGUCAAGAAGAAGGAUAUCCGAAAGUUUUUGGAUGGUAUCUACGUUAGUGAGAAAGGAAGCAUUGCCGACGAGGAAUGAUUCAUUUUUGUAUUAAAAUUUUACUUGAAAAUUUUUCACCUCGGAGCUUUCUUUAGUCGGGACGCGAUGAGCGGAGGAGUGGGUAGCUCUUGAGCCCUUCUGAGCCAAGUCUAGGGCCAUAGAAAGAUUUUCAUCAGUAGAGCUUCUCACGAGACAUUAUAACGCUUCCGUGAAUGCGUUGCCGGAGUACUUGUGCCUUAACACUAAUAUGAAUCGUUCACUCACAUGAUUCUCGGGAAUAGGUCUAUGUCCAUUGUCGUCUAGGGUGGAAAGUACUUAAACGGUACGACGACCACAACGGACCUCGUCCUUAAUACAGGGAUUUUUUCUUGCCGAAUUCAAGUUUGGAAUUAUCAUGUGAGUGAGAACCUACUCUUGGUUGGAAUGGAUCGUCCUCCAUACUUCAUCAAUCAUUCAUCCCUGUUUUAGAGAAGGAGUCUUGUAUUACGAAGGGCCACAGAUCUGGUUCCUAACGUGAGUGGAUUUCUCCCUUUCGACGGUCAGGAGUAGAUGUUUUCGGUGUUCCCGAUACUUGCGUUACCUGCGUCUCGGGUAGAGUCUGGAAGACUUUCCUGCAGUCUUGUUGAGCCCGGUGAAUACAGGGUUCUUCCCCUUGGUAUAAAUUGUUUUAACUCUUCUAUUCCAAUGCUCUUUCUCAAUAGCUUUAUCCUACACCGGAAAUAUCAGGUUCUCAUAUGUUUGUGUCUUUUAGCUCUUCUCUGUGUAGCGUUUCCGACAUUUCGAUGACAUGGGUUGGGCAGUCACUGAUUUGAGCUGGCGUCACUGAGUCAUUGAGCUGGUGUAUGAGACAUGCCCCCACUACAUGAUAGGUAGGUACUAUGUAGAUGAGGGGCGGUUAACAGGAGAUCCACUAGAACGUAGUCCACUUCUGCCAGCCAUGUCCCCGUUGAUGUUUGUGCCGUGGUCGAAGUGAUAUUUGUUGUAUUUUCUUGAAAUUUGUUUUCUAAAUUGUACAAGGACCCUAUCCCCUUCAUCAUAUUCUCUGUAGCAUGGCGAGAUUAUUCCCCGCUGUUUCUUCCUAAUGCUUUUUGUGGUGACCUAUGUGGAAGUCGUGAUGAGCGAGUCUGUCAGUUUUCUACAGGGUGCCUUCCUAUAUCAUGUAGUUCUUUCUAGCUCAGAUUGUCUUCUAAAUCUGAGGCGGCUUCACAACGUUGUUACCAUCUUAUCUUCAAGAAUCCAUGUGGUUUGGAUUUUGAAGGGCAG